AUGUCCGGUAGCUACUCCUCGCGCCUCCGCGGCGGGGGCGGCGGCGGAGGUCUGGGCGCGACGACGCUGCUGGCGGCGAAGGUGGCGUUCGCGUCCGCCGCGCUGGCCGCGGCUGCGUCCCUGGCGCGCGCCACGCUGCCGCAGAUCGUGUCCGGCGCCGACAACUUCCUCUGGAAGCUCUACCUCUUCGUCACCGUGCACGUGAUCAUCUUCGUCAUCUGGAAGCUCUCCGACAACAAGCACUUCCACGCCGCCGCGCAGCAGCACAAGGACCCGUGGGCGCCGGUGCCUCACAACCCCGCGCACACGCUGCUCACAGAGCAGGCGGUGCUUUCCUCCAUGAAGCGCAAGGUUGAGUUCGCGCCCGCCGCCGCCGUCGUCCGGGACGAGAAGUACAGCGUGCCGCCGCCGGUGUCGCGGCCGCACCUCGAGCCUGCCGCGUCUCCGGUGGACGAGGUCGUCGUCUCCCCGGGUUCUUGCGGCGGCGAGUCCUGCGUCACGACGGAGUCCGAAGAGGACGCGCCCUGCUCCGCCGUCGCCGCGUCGGCCAACUUCGCCACUGCCGACACGUGGCGGAGUGUCGAGCCUGCCCCGGCGCCGGCUCGGAAACGCGCUGUUGCAGUGCCUGCCCCGAUUCCUGUGCGGCAACGCGCGGAGGUCGAGCGGGUGGUCUCUCUGCCUCCACCUCCGGCCACGGCAGAACACUUCGACGGCGCCGACCAGCUUGACGGCGCCGACGACGACCUGGACGCGACGUGGAACGCCAUCAUGCAGAAGAAGCGUCCCUCCACGGCGCCGGCUUCAUCGGCGCCGGCACCGCGCUCGUCUCCUCCACCGCCAGCCCCGUCGCCGCGGCCGAGAGCCCGCGAGCCGUCGGUCGGCGCGGCGGAGCUGAGCAAGCGGUCGGAGGAUUUCAUCAAGAAGAUCCACAACUCCUUCGGCCGGCAUCAAUAAUCCUUCCCACCCACCUCCUCCGAUCCAAAUCUAAAAUUUUCUUGGUGUAAAGACAUUAGUUUUUCUUUCUUGGUGUGCCUGCCGAUCGCCGGAGCGGAGUAGAGCCGAGCUCAUCAGACCAUCACAUUUAGGUAACUUACCUGAAUCCGGAGCUCGAUCUGCUUCCUGUUUUAAUGGCGAAUAAUCAGAUUUUGUGCUGUCGAUUAUAAAGUAAAAGUAGUAAAAAGUUGAUUGCUUGGUUGCUUACUUGGAGUGCUCUCCUUAGUAUUUCUUAGCCGGAUUGAGUUGGCGCUUGCUGCUUUCGCACAAAACAUCGGUCGGCUCGUGCACUGGCAGUCCGGUCCACUUCUUUCCCUUUCGGUGCUGCCAUUAGGAUCCAACACAUGAUGUAUUGCUUACCACUUAAGAUGGACACUUCUGCUUCUUCCUCCAUCCAGAAGAGAUGGAACUAGCUAGAGUCAAAAUUGUUGGUGAAUUUUCUUUCUGAAUCUUCCAUAUCUAGUGUAUACAGGUCUGCAGUUCUGUUAGAUUCAGUAUGUUUUCCAUCUCAAGAAGAUACCUACCUACAUGUUCUUUUGAAAGUUACAUAUGUGUACAGUGAGUGGACAACUGACAAGUGGCUAAGCACCAACAAUUGAUAGGUUUGUUUCCAUGUUUGUUGGAAUUUGCAUGCUGUGAAGGUUCUGGAUGGAUGGAUGGAUGGAUGGUAGCGAUGCUCUGUGGGAGUAGCUACAGAUCCUGACCUUUAAUGUGCUGCUGAAAUGAUGGUUUGAGCUGGUGCUUGGUUGUUAGGUUUCUCCUUUUUUUUUUGUGGCCCUGGACUGGCAUUUCUUCUUAGAUACUUUUCCUAGUCUUUCACUGAUUAGUACAACAGUUCUGAUUGUGGUGCUGAUACUCCUGGGCAGUGGGUGUGCUUGUGAUUAUGAACUGUUGUCUGUCACAUGCUGUGUCUGUCUCUGUAUGUUUGCUGUCUACAUGGAAGUCACUGGUCAAUGGCCAUGCUACCAUUCUGUUCCAUGCCUCUUGUGCUACUUCCAUGCAUGGCAUGCCCAUAUUGAUUCUCAUUUGAUGGAACCUGGUGCAUGUAUGUGUGUGUGUUUGUAGUACUAGAUGGCUGGUUGAAGUGAGCAAUCAGCAUGGGCAACAGACCUUAGAUUAGUAGAGUGCUAGUGAGAAGACAAAUGGUCCACUAUCUUGCAUAUAGACAAGAACUAGUGGUUAGGGAAGGAUUGAUUUUGCCCUGUUGUUAUUGUUUCUCUGUCACCA